AUGGCCGGCGGUGGUGGUCCUUCGUCCGGUACAGUAGAGCCUCCUCUGAGUCAAGCUUACGGUUAUGGAAUCGUAGUUGGGCUGGGCUUUCUAUUUGCCCUCGGCAUGAUCUUUACUACUUAUGUUUUGAAAAAGUACAACCAUGAGAAGCAGACUUCGGAAAUGUUCAACACGGCCGGACGAAGUGUCAAGUCUGGUCUUGUUGCUUCAGCUGUUGUAUCAAGCUGGACAUGGGCUGCUACUCUGCUCCAAUCAUCUGGUGUCGCUUACCGUUAUGGUGUCUCGGGUCCAUUCUGGUAUGCUUCUGGUGCAACAGUUCAAAUCAUUCUCUUUGCGACAAUUGCCAUUGAGCUAAAACGGAGAUCUCCGAACGCCCAUACAUACCUGGAGGUUAUUCGAGCUCGCUAUGGCCGUGUUACCCACUGCGUAUACAUCUGCUUCGGUCUCUUCACCAACAUUCUCGUUACUGCCAUGCUUCUCACUGGCGGUUCUGCUGUCGUCACAUCUCUUACCGGCAUGCACACUGCUGCUGCUUGUUUUUUGCUGCCUGUUGGUGUUGUCUUGUACACCAUGUUCGGAGGUAUCAAGGCCACUUUCUUGACUGACUAUGUACAUACUGUCAUUAUUCUUGUUAUUAUUCUGAUCUUUGCUCUUACUGCUUAUGCAACUGGCAGUGAGUUGGGAUCGCCUGGUGAAGUCUACGACGCCCUCACCAAAGCCGCCGCAGCCCACCCCGUCGAAGGGAACGCCGAAGGAUCAUACCUCACAAUGAGAUCUCGCGAGGGCAUCACAUUCUUCGUCAUUAACAUAGUGGGGAAUUUCGCAACUGUUUUCUUAGACAACGGAUAUUACAACAAGGCUAUCGCGGCUCAUCCAGUCUCUGCACUCCCGGGAUAUAUCAUCGGCGGUUUGUCUUGGUUCGCCAUUCCCUGGCUCUGUGCGACUACUAUGGGCCUCAGCGCCUUGGCUCUAGAGACAAGUCCAUCAUUUCCUUCCUACCCUAAUCGUAUGGACCCUGCAGAUGUCUCAGCCGGCCUUGUUCUGCCGUACGCUGCUGUUGCUCUGCUGGGAAAAUCCGGUGCUAUUUGCACCUUGAUCAUGAUUUUCAUGGCUGUCACCUCUGCUGCAUCAGCUCAGCUUAUUGCUGUCUCUUCCAUCUUCACUUACGACAUUUACCAAACGUACAUCAACCCCCAGGCCUCUGGAAAACGACUCAUCGCCAUGUCGCACACAACAGUCGUGAUGUACGGUAUUAUCAUGGCAAGUUUCAGUGUCGGUCUUCACUAUAUUGGUAUCAGCAUGGGCUGGCUGUAUGUCUGGAUGGGUGUCAUGAUCUCGGCUGCUGUUAUCCCAGCUACUCUGACUCUUCUGUGGAAGCGCCAGAACUGGAUCGCCGCCGCUGUUUCCCCCGUUCUCGGUCUUAUUUGCGCCCUCAUCGCUUGGACUGUCACUUGCUCCAGGGAGUUUGACGGUGUUCUAAGCGUCGAUAACUUAGGCUCCAAUACCCCCAUGCUCGCAGGAAACGUCGUAGCGCUUUUGAGUCCUUUGAUCUUUGUACCUGUAUUGACUUUCGGCUUUGGCCCCGAUAACUAUGAUUGGGCUUCCAUGGCAGCUAUCAAGCAGGGAGAUGAUGUCAGCGACUCCAAUGGUGAUUCAGAGACAGCUGUGGUCACCAGCUUUGCUGUGGCGCCCGAGGAGGACAUGGCCAAGUUGAACAGGGCUUCCAAGAUUGCCAAGAUAAUGACGGUCUGUAUGACAGUGGCAUUCCUAGUUCUUUGGCCAAUGCCCAUGUACGGAACAUCCUAUGUCUUUUCCAAGCCCUUUUUCACUGGAUGGGUCACCGUGGGUAUCAUCUGGCUGUUUUGCAGUUCGAUAGCUGUCGGUUUGUUCCCUCUCUGGGAGGGUAGAAAGAGUCUUGUUCGCGUCACAAAGGGCAUGUUUGGAAUGGGGGGAAAACACGACACUGAAGAGAUUCAGGGACGAUCUGUGAAAGAGGAGAAGAUUGAUGAUUUUGAUAAGCAGUAG